GCUGCUGAAUGAGGACAGACACACAAGCACUACACAUACCAUGACCUUCAGCUGCUGUCUUGAACUUGGCACCUACCCUGGGGAAGGUGUGGGACCCUCCUCCCCAGAUCCCCUUCUCUCUGAUCAAGUUCCUUCCCAGAGCACAGCACUGCUUUGUGCCCUUAUGCCAGGCUACGUGAGGAUCUUCAGCGGUCAAGAAGGGUUAUUCGAGCAGAGGAAAGAACGUGUAGUUGUCAUCUAUAACUACUGGUACAUGUUGAGACUGUAGCAACAGUGAUAGAGGUCAGUCUCACUACAGCUGUGGAAUGCUCUGAAGUCCCACUGUAAGCCAUGGAGGUCUCUGUGCUCAGCCCCACAUCCUGGGAAAAGCGGCGGGCAUGGCUGCAGAAGACCCACAACUGGCAGACGCAGAUCCUAGAGGAGGAGGCAGCAGCUGCCUUGCAAGAUGUUCCAGACCCUGAGCCCCCCAACCUGGAUGAUGUCUUCUUGGAAGAGAGCCCCACAAAUAAAAUUGAAGACUGGCUUCAGGAUUGUGGAUCCUCUGAGGAAGGGUUUCCUGAAGAUCCCGGCCUGUCCAUCCAUGGUGGAUGUCCCAGCCAUGAAGCCAGCUUUGAUGAUGACCUGACCUUAGGAGCAGAGGCAAUUCUGUUAGCAUCCAAUGGCAAACUCCUUUCCAGGAGUUUCCUGGAAACAACCAGGCCAGGGCAUCUACUCAACCUUGGCUGCAGUAUGGCAUCUAGCAACAUGACCAGUGGGACCAAUAAGACCAGUUCAAGCAUCUCAGAGAUUCUGGACAAAGUCCAGGAGGAUGCAGAGGAUGUGCUCUUCAGCCUGGGCUUUGCUCAAGACAAUCACAGAGCCACAGCUCGGAUUCCUGCCCGCUUCUUCACCACCCCCUCCCAGGCAAAGGGCAUUGACUUUCAGGUGUUCCUGAAGGCUCAGGUGCGAAGGAUAGAGAUGGAGGACCCCUGCUUGAUGCUGGCCAGUCGGUUUAAGCAGGUGCAAACAUUGGCCACCACUGCAGAUGCCUUUUUCUGCCUCUACUCCUAUGUGUCCAAGACUCCUGUCCAAAAGUUCAUGCCAUCUCAAUUGUUCUGGCCCAGUGCUGCCGAUGCACCCCUCAUCCGGGUCCUUCCCCCAGAACCCGAGGCCCGAUCCCCUGUGGAACGCCUUCGGAGAGCGGUAUCCAAGAUGUGCCUGUAUACGGCCCCUCGGGAUGAACCAUCUGCUCCCUGUGCUUCAGCUAAACGAAAUAGUCUAGAUCAAGUGGUAUGGGAGGUGAUGGACAGGGUGAGAGAAGAUAGACUUGCUCUCCAGGUGGGUUCAGGUAGAAAGACUACCCCAGAACUCUACUCCAGAGCAGAGGCCAAGUGGGGAAUUCCAACACCUCUUCAAACUGAGAAACUUAUCACUAAGGCCUCCUACUGCAAAGAUAUAAGGAAGACAGAACCUGUGGACAAUGGGGAUCUGGAAGAAGAGAGAGACACUAAAUGGGGUAACACCUAUUUUGCCAACCAGCCCCCUGCAGUGUCCACUCUACAUAUUUGGAAGACAUCUACUCCACAGACCUUUCACUGCACAGAUACUGAGAUGGCAAAGCCACAGACCAGAGGGGAUUUGGAGUGGAGAACAGAAGCAAAGGAACAGAUUACUUGGGACAGAGAAAGAGAACUAUGGGUGCAGAAAGACAAAGAAGAGACAUAUUUAAGCAAGGAGCAGGAUUCCAACAGUUCUCUGGACCCUUGCAGGAGCCAGAGGAAUCCUGGAAGCAUAAGAGGGCAAGCAAGAAGGCGGCUGUUCCAGAGAAACUACCAAGGUAUCAAGGGGAGGCGAGCCAGCCCCUUAGAACAGGCUACCACUGAGGAAGAGUUAAGGAAGAGCUCAGUGGGAUCAGCUUGGCUCCACAGCAUACCCCAGAGGUUCACUGAACAGCAGCAGGACUCCUUGGAUUUGGAGGAGGUACUUAGCAACAGUGAUGAAGAAGGGAACAACUGGACCAGUGAACCUGAGUGUCCCUGUUCACUAUCCCUUGGCACCUCUGGAUGGAAGCCCAGGAGCUUUCUCCUUCACACCAGCAGCACCCACUCUGACAGCAGUGGCUUCAUAGAGGAUCAGACUCUUCCACCUCCCGAUCUGUCAUCUGAGAAGGUUUUCCAAAGGAUCUAGUCCCUAGCUUCAGGGGCCUCGGGCCACCUGAUAUGAACAUAGCAAGGCCCCAGAGAGGGCAGAAGGUAUCUGGACAGAAGUUCCUGCUCCUUGCCUAUGAAAAAAGGGAAAGGUGGAAGGGCUGGUGAAAGCUGUACCUGGGGAGCAGCAUGCUUAAACCCUAAAUUUGGGAACUGGGGGAAUCAGUUGGGGGUGGGAAGAGAGGGUCUAAAGGAGACUUACAGUUUCAGUCAUCAACUAGUCUACAAAUACUUGCAAAGAUAUUAUGCCAUAGAGGAAAAGGACCAAUUCAUGAAGCCAUCUCCCAGACACAAGUUCCAUUUGACUCUACUCAUGCAGAUAUUCAAAUAGCAUCCCCUUCUGUCAUAUCACUGCAGACACUUGUGCAUAGGAAUGAUCCCAGGCAGGAAGAGAAUUAGCCCUGGGAGCCUUAUCCCUAACAGUUCCCACCUGAGGUAAUGUCAGACACCCAUGAUGAUAGACAAAGUCAUUCCUGGAAGAACAUGGAAGAAGAUAUUGUUCAAGGAUGAAGCUGUUACUGACAUCAUGACAAAAAUUCAUCACCAUCACCAAACCCUUCCAUGGUCUCUGUGCCCAGACCUUGGGCAGCUCACAACAUGGCCAGGCACACAAGGUUCCCCAGGCAUACAAAGAACACCAGAGAACUUGGGGAUAUAUAGGGAAAGCCACACAGAGAUAAUGUAUAUCUGAAAAAGGAUCGCAUAUGCACAACAUGUGUGUAUACAUAUAGGAAUGUGUAUGUAUAUAGCAUAUAUUUAU